UGGUUAGGAGGCAGCACUCGUAUCUUCCCUUGUUUGUUGACAACCAGUGACAACGCUUAUCUUCAAGGAAAUUUUAUUCCCGAAUGUUUUUCUAUCAAUAAUCUGAACGUUGUGAGAGGCAUAAUAAAUGAUCAAUGGGUCUAUUAACGGUGUUGAAAAAAUUGAAGCAGAAAGAGAAAGAAAUGCGAAUUUUAAUGUUAGGUUUGGAUAAUGCGGGAAAGACAACAGUGUUGAAGAGACUCAAUGGCGAACCAAUAGAUACUAUAUCGCCCACAUUGGGCUUUAAUAUCAAGACCUUAGAACAUCGUGGCUAUAAAUUAAAUAUUUGGGACGUUGGUGGACAGAAAUCAUUGCGUUCGUAUUGGAGAAAUUAUUUUGAGUCUACAGACGGACUUGUUUGGGUAAUAGAUAGUGCGGACAGAAGGAGAUUGGAUGACUGUAAAACAGAACUGUACAAGCUUCUUCAAGAAGAGAGAUUGGAAGGAGCUAGUCUCUUGGUGUUUGCCAACAAACAGGAUAUGCCUGGUGCACUGUCAGCGUCAGACAUAGCAGAGAUUUUGGAGUUGCCUGAUAUAAAGACUCAUCAUUGGCAAAUUUACAAAUGUUCUGCUGUGACGGGUGAAAAUCUAGUGGAUGGCAUUAAUUGGAUUAUUGAUGAUAUUGCGGCAAGAAUAUUUUAUGUAGAUUAAAUAUAAAAUUUUUCACACACGCACAAAGAAAACUUAAAUUUCUCUUAUUAUAUGA